AACGCCGAAGCAAGCAGACGUGGGAAACAGGGGAUAUGGCAUUCAAGCUCUCUGCCUCCACAUGUUACGUUAGUAUAUUCUAAAGAUUUUUCACUCGUUAAAUUAGACAGGAAAGGAAGAGCAAAGAGAAGAGUUUAAUUAAGUUAUGGCUUACUCUUCUCCUCAUCUUUCUGCAAUCCCACAACGCCUCUCUUUCACCUCGAAACCCUCCCCAGCACACUUAAACUCGAGGUCAGUUGGAGUUCGGGUAAAAUCAAGUUUGGAAAAUGAGAGCUGCACUCCAGGAGUUUCAAAUGAUUCUUUAGAACCUGCUCAGAAGAAGGGAACCCAAGUAUCAACAUCACGGCGUUUGUGUCUUACAUGUAUAUGUUCAAGUCUUGCUUUGAUCAGCAGUGCUGGCACCGCUGUUUCUCUAGCAAAUGCAAUGGCUAUGGAUGAGAAAGAAAAAGCUGUAUGCCGGAAUUGUGGAGGGAGUGGUGCUGUACUUUGUGAUAUGUGUGGUGGUACAGGAAAAUGGAAAGCUCUCAACAGAAAACGUGCUAAAGAUGUUUAUGAGUUUACCGAGUGUCCAAACUGUUAUGGUCGGGGGAAACUGGUCUGUCCUGUUUGUUUAGGUACCGGUUUACCAAAUAAUAAAGGUCUUCUAAGGAGGCCUGAUGCACAGAAAUUACUUGACAAGAUGUACAAUGGUCGACUUAUGCCAAGUUCUUAGUUAGGAACUUUGAUGCAAUUUUAUGUCAACAAGAUGAAUGAAUCCAGAGACAGUAUAUGCACUGAUUGUUAGUCCAAGUGCCACCACAAGUUUGAGAAGCUUUUGCUCUGGAGAACAACCUGAAAAGUGUCUAAAGUUUUGUUUGUCAACCAGCUGCAAUUUAUUUGAUUUUUGUUUAAUGUAGAGAGGACAACAGAAUGCUUUGUUAGAUUCUUUUUGGAUAGACACCUUUGUUGGAUUUGAAAGGUGAUUGAUGUUAAAUUUACAUAUAUCAGUUCACCUGUUUGGGAAGCCAUGUUAAGAUACAUAUUAUAUUCAUAGCUUAGGCUGCUGAGCAUAACCAAGUAAUAUGCUCAAGUGUACAUUUUUUGAAAUUGUUCAUGGGACGUGGAUAUUGAGCACAUUUGACUGCA